AUAAGAAGAAAGUGUCAGCUUCCUCAAGUCGUAACAAGGAGAUUUCAAAUAUUCAAAAUGUUAAUAAAACAUUUAGUGUUUCCCCCAAAGCUGACAGAGUUAGGAGCCCACUACAAGCCUGUGAAAAUCUGGCCAUGAGUGAAAGCUGUUCCCCAAUAGAAAACAAUUCUUUAAUCCUUGAAGGAAAUAAAAUACCUAUAUCACCUAUUAGUCCCGCAUUCAAAGAGUGCCAUGGAGAGACUCGCGUGCCACUCUCUGUGCGUCGGUCUACGACCUACACGUCCCUUCCUGCAGCUGAGAACGGGGGGCUGUUGGAAGUAGCAGGUGCCAACGUUUCCAAAGAUUUUCAUUUUAAUGAGAAAGCCCUAACUGAAACUUCCUUUGACUCCGUAAAUAAUGUCAAUGGCCAAAUUGAAGAGAAUAGUAAACUAAGUCUUACCCCAACUUACUCUUCAACUUUGAACAUUACACAAAGCCAAGGAAAUUUUCUAAGUCCAGAUUCCUUUGUGAAUAAUAGCCAUGCAGCUUAUAAUGAACCAGAAUUAGUGAUGCAUCUUUCACCAGAUAUGUUUGUCAACGGUAAUUCAAGGUCUGUACAUUUGGAAUCAAAAAGUGUACAUGAAAUUUACCGGACAAUUUUAAGUCCAGAUUCUUUCAUAAAGGAUAAUUAUGGACUAAAUCAUGACGUAGAAUCAGAGACAAUUAAUCCAACUCUAUCCCCAAGUCAAUUUGUAAAAGAUAAUAUGGCCUAUGUGUGUAUAUCUCAGCAAACAUGUAAAUUAUCACCAUUAUUAAAUGUUAAUUCUCAGGCCUCACAGUCUCCUCAAGAUGGGAGAAAAAAUGAAGUUUUACCUGGUAUUCCUGAAUGUCAGGGUUCACAAUCUCCAAAAGCUAUUUUUGAAGAAUCCAAAGUUUUAGAAAUGAAGUCAGACUGUUACACUUUUAAAAAACAGGAUCAGCCUAAAUUUUCUGUAGUUCAGGUUAUUCCCAGUCACGGCCACAAUAAAUCACUUAAGAGACGUCCAAUACUUUCUGCCACUGUUACUAAGAGAAAGCCCACCUCUGCCAGAGAAAACCAAACGGAGACUAAUAAACCAAAGGCAAAAAGGUGUCUCAACAGUGUAGUGGGUGAAUGUAAAAAAGAAAUAGAUGAUCAAAACGAGAAAGAUGAUUUUCAUCCUUAUCUUCCAGCUACAGAUCCAAUGCUAAGUAAACCUAAGAGUUAUAAAAAUGUCGUAACUCCUCCCCCAAAGAUAGCUUCAGUUGCUCGUAAAAGAAAGAGUGAGGGAAACACAGGAGGUGAAAAUGUAAGAGUUACAGCCACAGAGUACACAGAAGUGCAGGAAAUCAAAAGGAUCCACUUUUCUCCUGUGGGGGCUAAAACCUCAGCUGUUAGAAGCACGAGAAGAGCGAUGGCGUCAGCCUCGCGGCGUGGGCGCAACCGGGGGAAGCUGGGCCUGAAGGAGAAGACUGAUUCAUUAGGAUACAGAACUCCUAAUUCUAAAACAGUCAGAAGGACAAGACCCAUUGUUCCUGUGGCGCAGUCUAAUUUGACCUUCAUAAAGCCACUAAAAACAGGUAUUCCUAGGCACCCAAUGCCGUUUGCUGCAAAAAACGUGUUUUAUGAUGAACGCUGGAAGGAAAAGCAGGAACAGGGCUUUACUUGGUGGCUAAAUUUUAUAUUAACUCCUGAUGACUUCACUGUGAAAACAAAUAUUUCUGCAGUAAAUGCUACCACUCUUCUUCUGGGAGUAGAGAGUCAACAUAAGAUAAGUGUCCCUAGAGCUCCCACCAAAGAUGAAAUGUCGCUCAGAGCGUACACUGCUCGGUGCAGGCUGAACAGAUUACGCCGUGCUGCGUGUCGCUUGUUUACAUCUGAGAAAAUGGUUAAAGCUAUGAAAAAGCUUGAAAUUGAAAUUGAAGCUAAGCGGUUAAUUGUUCGAAAAGACAGACACCUCUGGAAAGAUGUGGGAGAACGGCAGAAAGUCCUGAACUGGUUGCUGUCAUAUAAUCCUUUGUGGCUACGAAUCGGCCUAGAGACCAUAUAUGGAGAACUCAUCCCUUUGGAAGACAACAGUGAUGUCACAGGGUUGGCGAUGUUUAUUCUGAAUCGCUUACUUUGGAAUCCUGAUCUUGCAGCGGAGUUUAGGCACCCAACCGUUCCUCAUCUGUACAGAGACGGUCAUGAAGAAGCUCUGUCUAAGUUUACACUGAAAAAGCUGUUGUUGUUGGUUUGUUUCCUUGAUUACGCGAAAACCUCCAGACUGAUUGACCAUGACCCUUGUCUCUUCUGUAAAGAUGCUGAAUUCAAGGCUAGUAAAGAAAUCCUUCUGGCUUUUUCACGAGACUUCCUGGGUGGUGAAGGUGACCUUUCCCGUCACCUUAGCUUAUUAGGAUUACCUGUGAACCAUGUUCAGACACCAUUUGAUGAAUUUGAUUUUGCUGUUACAAAUCUUGCUGUCGACUUGCAGUGUGGGGUGCGCCUCGUGCGAAUCAUGGAACUUCUCACACGAAACUGGAAUCUCUCAAAGAAACUCAGGAUUCCUGCAAUAAGUCGUCUUCAAAAAAUGCACAAUGUUGACAUUGUUCUUCAGAUUCUCAAGACCCAAGGAAUUCAGCUGAAUGACGAGCAUGGAAAUGCAAUCCUAUCUAAGGAUAUCGUGGACAGGCACAGGGAGAAAACUCUGGCGUUGCUUUGGAAAAUAGCCUUGGCUUUUCAGGUGAAUAUUUCCCUUAAUGUAGAUCAGUUAAAGGAAGAAAUUGACUUUUUAAAGCACACACAGACCAUGAAGAGAGCAGCGUCUGCACCGCCAGGCCGUUCUGACGGCCGUGUCAAUCAGGAGGACAGAAGGCACAGCGCUUACCUUGAACAGCACAGUGAAAGCACAAAACUCCUAAUGGACUGGGUGAAUGCUGUCUGCGACUUCUACAAUAAGAAAGUGGAGAACUUUACAGUGUCUUUCUCAGAUGGCCGUGUGUUAUGCUACCUGAUCCACCACUACCAUCCUUGCUACGUGCCGUUUGAUGCUAUAUGUCAGCGUACGACUCAGACCGUGGAGUGUGCGCAGACUGGCUCAGUGGUGCUAAAUUCCUCGUCUGAAUCUGAUGAGAGUUCUCUGGAUUUGUCUCUUCGAGCAUUUGAUCACGAAAACACUUCAGAACUAUACAAAGAACUCCUUGAAAAUGAAAAGAAAAAUUUUCAGUUGGUCAGGUCCGCAGUCCGAGACCUUGGUGGAAUACCUGCUAUGAUCCAGCAUUCAGACAUGUCGAACACGAUUCCGGACGAAAAGGUGGUUAUUACCUAUUUGUCAUUUCUCUGUGCGAGGCUUUUGGAUCUUCGCAAAGAAACGAGAGCUGCUCGACUAAUACAAACAGCUUGGAGAAAACACAAGCUGAGAGAAGAUCGAAAGCGCCAUCAGAAGAGAGACAAAGCUGCAAGAAUUAUUCAAUCAGCUGUAAUUAAUUUUCUAACUAAACAACGAUUUGAAAAGGAGAUUAAUGCAGCGUUGCUCAUUCAGAAACACUGGCGAGGACUGUUAGCAAAGAGACGAUUGUUAAUGUUAAAAAAGGAAAAACUAGAAAAAGUUCAAAAUAAAUCAGCAUCCAUUAUUCAGAGAUGUUGGAGAAGAUAUUCCACUAGAAAACAGUUUCUGAAAUUGAAACAUUAUUCAAUCAUCCUGCAAUCUAGGAUAAGAAUGAUAAUUGCUGUUGCUUCUUACAAACGAUAUCUUUGGGCCACAGUUACAAUUCAGAGGCACUGGCGUGCUGUUUUAAAGAGAAGGCACGAUCAAGAGAGAUACAAAAUGCUAAAAUCAUCAGCCCUUGUAAUCCAGUCUACGUUCAGAAGAUGGAAGCAACGCAAAAUGCAAUUACAAAUAAAAGCUACAAUAACAUUGCAAAGAGCUUUUAGAGGAUGGCACGUCAGGAAACGCGCCAGAGAACAAUCUGCCGUGGCCAUACAGUCGUGGUAUAGGAUGCACAGAGAAUUACGGAAAUACAUUCACAUUCGAUCUUGUGUUGUCAUCAUUCAGGCAAGAUUUCGGAGCUUUCAAGCCCAAAAGUUAUAUAAAAGGAAAAAGGAGGCUAUCCUGACUCUCCAGAAGCACUGCAGGGCGCACCUGAGGGGCAAGGCGGAGCGCGCCAGCUACCUGCAGAAGCGGGCGGCAGCCCUCCGCCUGCAGGCGGCAGCCCUCCGCCUGCAGGCGGCUCUCCGCGGGAUGCAGGCGCGGCGCCUGCGCAGACAGGUCAGAGCCGCCCGCGUCCUCCAGUCGUACUGGAGAAUGAGGCGCGACAGACUUCAAUUUCUAAACCUGAAGAAAGCUGUCAUCAGAUUGCAGGCACACGUAAGAAAACGUCAACAAUUGCAGAAAUACAGGAGGAUGAAGAAAGCCACUCUUGUAAUUCAGGUUCAUCUUCGAGCUUAUAUUUCCGCCAAGAAAGCUUUAGUAUCUUACCAGAGGACACGUUCAGCUGUCAUUGUCCUGCAGUCUGCCUAUAGAGGGAUGCGAGCCAGAAAAGAGUUUAUUCACAUCCGUACAUCUAUUAUAAAGAUUCAAUCAUAUUACCGGGCUUAUAUUUCCAGAAAAAAAUUUCUGAGGCUAAGACAUGCUACAGUAAAGUUACAAUCAGUGGUCAAGAUGAAACAAACGCGCAAGCAGUAUUUACAUUUAAGAGCAGCUGCGCUAAAGAGAGAAGAAUGCGAGCGGGUGUCCUGCAUCAAACUGCAAGCAUUUGUCAGAGGGUACCUGGUCCGAAAGCAGGUGAGGUUGCAGAGAAAAGCUGCCGUUUCCCUGCAGUCUUAUUUCAGGAUGAGAAACAGGCGGCAGUCCUACCUGGGAAUCCGUAAAGCAGCUGUCGUCAUUCAGACUCACUACCGCGCGUACAAAGCACAGGUCAGUCAGAGGAGGGACUUCCUGCGAGUCAAAAGAGCCGUCACUCGCCUGCAGGCCGCUUACAGAGGUUACAAGGUGCGCCAGCUGGUCAAACGGCAACGGAGAGCUGCCCUCCAAAUUCAGGCUGCUUUCCGGGGCCACCGUCAAAGGGCGGCAUACCACGCUGUGCUUCGGUCCGCCCUCAAGAUCCAGAGAUGGUACCGGGCGCGCAAGGCUGUUUCUGACACAAGAACAUGCUUUUUAAAGACAAGGGCAGCUGUGAUUUCUCUGCAGUCCGCUUAUCGCGGCUGGAAGGUUCGGGAGCAGAUCAGACGGGAGCAUCAAGCGGCCGCGAAGAUUCAGUCCGCUUUCCGAACGGCCAAGGCCCGCAAGGCGUUCAGGGCGCUCCGGGCGGCCGCUCGUGCGGUCCAGCAGCACCUGAAGGCCCCGGGCGGCCGGGCGGAGGCUGCGCGCCGAGCUGGCGGGCUGCACCGGGCGGCGGUGGUGCUGCAGGCCGCGUGGCGGGGCCGGGCGGCGCGGAGGCGGCUGCGGAAGCAGCACGACUGUGCCGUGGUCAUACAGGCGCACUACCGCAUGCACGCGCAGCGGCGGGAGUGGAGAGCCGUGAGGAGAGCGGCCUGUGUGAUUCAGGCGCACUACCGGGCGCACAGGGCCGGAAGGACACAGCGCCACUGGUAUCUGAAAACGCGAGCCGCGGUAGUAAUCUUACAGUCGGCCUACCGGGGUGUGAGAGUGAGGAGGGAAAUGAAGGAGCGCCACAAGGCGGCGGCCACCAUCCAGGCGAGGUACAGAGCUCACCUAACCAAGAAGAAAUAUGCAACCUGCAGAGCGUCAGCUGUUACAAUUCAGAGGUGGUAUCGAGAUACCAAAACUGCGCACCGUCUGCGUCAGGACUAUCUGAAUCUCAGGAAGGCGGCAGUGACGGUGCAGGCUGCUCACAGAGGUGUUAGAGUGAGAAGGCAAGUUCAGCGUAUGCACGCGGCAGCCACCUCUAUUAAAGCCCUGUUUAAAAUGCAUCAAUCACAGUUGAGAUACCGGAAAAUGAGAACAGCAGCUGUGGUAAUUCAAGUCAGAUACAGAGCGCAUCAUCAAGCUAAAACUCAGCGCGCAGAGUACCUGACAAUUUUGAAAGCCGUUAUUCUAAUUCAGGCCAGUUUUAGAGGAGGCAGAGUUAGGCAGACCCUGAGAAAGAUGCAGACAGCAGCGACGCUCAUCCAGUCCCACUUCAGAAGACACCGACAGCAAACUUAUUUUAAUAAGUUAAAGAAGGUGACAAAAACGGUGCAGCAGAAGUACCGGGCAACGAGGGAAAGGAACGUACAACUUCAAAGAUACAACAGACUGAGACUUGCUGUAAUCUGCAUUCAGGCUGCUUUCAGGGGGAUGAGAGCCAGGAGACACUUACGAGAGAUGCACUUAGCCGCAGCUCUUAUUCAGAGGAGAUUUAGGACUCUGAUGAUGAGGAGAAGUUUCCUGUCUCUCAGGAAAACUGCUGUGUGGAUUCAGAGAAAAUACCGUGCAAAUGCUUGUGCGAAGCAUCACCUACAACAAUUCCGACGUCUCCAACAGGCAGCCAUCAAGAUCCAGUCGUCGUACAGAAGGUGGCUGGUGAGGAAAAAGAUACAGGAGCUGCACCGGGCUGCCACCAUCAUCCAGGCAGCUUUCAGGUCGCUCAGAACACGUGCCACCUUUCAGACUUGGAAACGCGCCUCCAUUCUAAUUCAGCGACGUUACCGAGUGUACAGAGCUACAAAACUGCAACGAGAACUUUAUGUCAGACAAAGGCGUUCUGCAGUGGUCCUUCAGGCUGCAUACAGGGGGAUGAGAGCAAGACAGCUCUUAAGGGAAGAACACAGAGCUGCUGUCAUAAUACAAAGCACAUAUAGAAGGCAUAGGCAGUAUUCUUUCUACCAGAAGCUUCAGUGGGCUACAAAAUUAAUACAAGAAAAAUACAGAGCAAACAAAAAGAAAGCUCUUCAACACAAUGCACUCAAAGCAGCAGCCUGUGCGCAAGCGGAUUUUCAGGAUACGAUCGCAGGGAAACAGAUUCAGGAAUGGCAGCUUCAGGCUGCCAUCACUGUUCAGAAGCAUUUUAAAGCCUUUAAAGUUAGGAAGCACUAUCUCCACUUUAGAGCAAAGGUGAUUUUUGUUCAGAGGAGAUACAGGGCACUAAGUGCAGUGCGCACCCAGGCAGCCGUUUGUAUACAGUCCCACUACAGAGGUUUUAAGGCACGAGCCGGUAUCCAGCGUAUGCACCUGGCGGCCACACGAAUUCAGUCAUCCUACCGAAUGCACAGGGCCAAAGCUGAUUAUCAAGCAAGGAAAACGGCGAUCGUGGUUAUACAGAAUUAUUACAGGUCAUAUGUCAGAGUAAAAACGGAAAGGAAAAGGUUUUUAGCUGUUCAGAGAUCUGUUCGAACUCUGCAGGCCGCUUUUAGAGGCAUGAAAGUUAGACAGAAAUUAAAAGACGUGCCCGAGGAAAAGACGGCAGCCCUCGCCACCCAGCCCGCGUCCUGGUGUUCCGGACCUGAAACUCGGCGUGAAAUCGGUCAGAGCUUGGCACUUGGGAGCCCCAGGCUGCGUGGGGCCCCUCUCACUGGUCCUUUACAGGAGGCAGAGCACUGUUCUCAAAGAAAGGCUGCAGUUACAAUUCAGAAAGCUUUCCGUAAAAUGGUCGCAAGGAAACUGGAAACACAGAAGCGUGCUGCCGUACGAAUUCAGUCCUUCCUUCAGAUGGCGGUGCAGCGGAGAAGGUUUGUGCAGCAGAGGAGGGCUGCUGUCACUCUGCAGCAGCGCUUCAGGACCUGGCAAGCCAGGAAGCAGCUUUCAUCGUACAGAGAAGCAGCAGUGGUUUUAAAAAGUCACCACAGAGCCUUUUUGUCUGCAGAACAUCAAAGAGAAGUUGAUUCACAAAUAAGGAGCAGUGUCAUCAUUAUUCAAGCUAGAAUGAAAGGAUUUCUACAGAAACGGAAGUUUCAGAAAAUGAAAGAUAGCGCCAUAAAAAUCCAGACUGUGUGGAGGAGACAUAAAGCCAGGAAGUAUUUAUGUAAAGUGAAAGCUGCCUGCAAGAUUCAAGCCUGGUAUCGGUGUCGGAAAGCGCGCACAGAGUACCUGGCCGUUCUGAGCGCCGUCCGGACCGCUCAGGGCUGCGUCCACGCCAGACUGCAGAGAAGACGGUUUUUGAAUAUGAGAGCAUCCACAGUUAUCAUUCAGAGAAAAUGGAGAGCUAUACUUUCUGGAAGAACAGCUCGUGAACAAUUCUUAAUGAUGAAAAUUUUAGAAGAGAAAACCAAGACGAGGCUUCUUCGCUUCACAGCAGCUGCCUUUUACCACCUGUCUGCUGUUCGGAUUCAGAGAGCAUAUAAACUUCACGUGGCUCAGAAGAAUGCAAAUAAUAAACAGGUUAACUCAGCCAUCUGUAUUCAGAGGUGGUUUCGAGCAAGACUGCAGCAAAAGAGGUGUCUUCAGAAAGAUCAUAGCAUCAGAAAAAUUCAGCAUGAAUCUCAAAAUUGUAUAAGCCAGCAAAACAGAGCCGCGUCAGUAAUACAGAAAGCAGUACGCCGUUUUCUCCUCUGUAGAAAGCAGGAAAAAUUUAAUGACAGAAUCACUAAAAUUCAGGCAUUGUGGAGAGGAUAUUCCUGGAGGAAGAAAAAUGACUGCGCAAAAAUGAAAGCUAUUCGACAGAGACUUCAGUGUGUUAACAGGGAGAUUCGGGAGGAAAACAAGCUGUACCACAGAACCGCCCUUGCUCUCCAUCAUCUCCUGACGUACAAGUACCUCUCUGCUAUUCUCGAGGCGCUGAAGCACCUCGAGGUAGUUACUAGACUGUCUUCACUUUGUUGUGAGAACAUGGCCCAGAGUGGAGCGAUUUCAAAAAUAUUUGUCUUGAUCCGAAGUUGUAAUCGUAGCGUUCCUUGUAUGGAAGUCAUCGGAUAUGCUGUGCAAGUCUUGCUCAAUGUCGCCAAGUAUGAGAAAACGACUUCAGCAGUCUAUGAGGUGGAAAACUGUAUAGACACACUGUUGGAGCUUCUGCAGAUGUACCAGGAAAAGCCCGGUGACAAAGUUGCAGACAAAAGUAGAAGCAUUUUCACAAAAACUUGCUGUUUGUUAGCUGUUUUAUUGAAGACAACAAAUCGAGCUUCUGUGAGUGUUAAGUUUCCUUUCUUUGAGAUUAUUUUUACAUGUUCUUAA